CCCCGUCGCCCUGCCUGAGCACUUCUUCUUCAGGACGCGUCUGUGAAAGUCAUUUAACACACUGUCGCACAGUGAACUGACGAGCGCGAGGAGGAGGGAUCUGUCAUCUUCACGGUCUCAGGCAGCAUGUGGACGGGCUCCUAUCGUGCCACUGUCGAGAGAGAAAUGGCGAGAGCCAGUGUCAACAUUCGAAAACAUCUAUCUUUGGGUGCAGAGUAAGCUGAUGUUUCACAGCUGUAAAUAGUUUUGGAGUCUUGGUUCAUUGUAUUCAGUCUACAGGGCACGCGCUACACUUUGGCGGUGGUGACAGUUAAUCUGAGCUGGGUUCUCGGCCAGUGCAAUCUAAGGAAUUAAUCGUUAUACAGGACUAUACACCUGCAACUUGUUCCCAGAACGGUGGUGACUGACUCCCGUUGGAUGUAACGUUGAGCGGAGUGACGCGGGUCGGUUUGCGGGCAAAUAGAGCGGUGGCGGACCAAACGCACAUCGUCCAAUUUAAUCUCCCUUCCCGUGUCCCUGUGCUCCACCCGACUCAUAACGGAGAUGUUGCUCCUCGGAAUACUGCUCAACAUCUUCAUACGAGGUGUGGUCCCCUCCUUGUCGCCCCUCCCCCUUGGCUUUGUAGACUGUGUGGAGGCAGAGAGGGGGUGUAAGGAAGACCCCCGGUGUAAGGAGCUGUAUAUGACCCUGGAGUACUGUGCAUCCGAGGAGGCGUUGGCUCCGCUGGGGAACAAGGCCAGCAUAGAGUGCCUGGAGGCCCUGAGCGGCCUGCACUACCUCCCUCUGUUGGCCUGCAAGUGUCAGCGCGGUGCACGCAGAGAGGAGCACUGCCUCAAAGUCUACUGGAGCAUCAGGAUCCUGCAGGGUUAUGAUGACUUUGAGGGGUCUCCCUAUGAGGACUCGCCAGUGGAGUCUUCUCGAAUGGCCUCCUUAGUGGCAGCAGCCUCCUCUCUUCUUCUAGAUGGACAGAACGUAUGUCUGAAGGCAGCCCAGGACUGUGGUCUGUAUGAGAAAUGUGGUUCCCUGAGGUCUGAGUACGUCCUGGCCUGCACCAAGCAUGCCCCAGGCUCGGACCACUGCAACAGGCAGAAGUGCCACCGGGCGCUGCGGCGCUUCCUGGAGCGCGUUCCGGAGGAGUACAGCCUGGGGUUGCUGUUCUGCCCCUGUACUGACAAACUGUGUGGGGAGAGACGCAGGAAGACCAUUGUCCCUUCCUGUUCCUACCAGGAGAGAGACUGGAUACAGCCCAACUGUCUGCUUCUGCAGAGCUUCUGCAGGAGGGACCAACUCUGCAGGUCCAGACUGGCUGAUUUCCAGCAUAACUGCCAGCCCUCUGGCCAUUCCCCUUCUAGCUGUAUCAGAGAGAGUGGAGCUGUGUGCCUCAAAUCCUACGCCGCACUGAUCGGCACUAUCAUGACCCCCAACUACGUCAGCAACAGCACUGUGGAUGUGGACUUGUGGUGCAACUGCGAGGGCAGUGGCAACCAAUGGCAGGACUGCCUGAGGAUUCAGCACAUGUUCACCAACAACCCCUGUCUGGAGAACUCCAUCAGUACCAUGGGUAGCUCCUCCCCUCGGCCAGUGGAGAGCACUUUUCCCCCGCCCUCUCGCCCCUCCCCCUUGGACCAGCAGAAUGAGCUCAGCAACAACGCCCAGGAUGAGCUCAGCAACAACGCUGUGGAGCAGAGUGAGGAAGAGGAGGAUAUGGAGGAGGAGGAGGGGGGUCAGUUUGACGUGAUCCCUCUCUAUGCUGAGAAGGCCACGGUGUCCAACCUGGGUUCUGGGGGUGGGGAGGUGUCCCCACGUCUUUCCAUCGGCCCCCCUCCCUCCCUGCUGCUGCUGCUUCUGCUACUGUCUGCCUCUCUGAGCUGGGGGUAAGAGGGGGGGGCACCCCCUUCACACAGACAAGAGCCCCCCCAUACAGACAAGAGCCCCCCAGAGAGAGAGAGAGAGAGAGAGAGAGAGAGAGAGAGAGAGAGAGAGAGAGAGAGAGAGAGAGAGAGAGAGAGAGAGAGAGAGAGAGAGAGAGAAAUUUGUACAGUUUUCUUUGUCUUGCUUCACCUCCCACUGUCAGAGACUUGUCUUGUAUGACAGACCGGGAUGAACCAACUCCAAAGUGACGGAGGGGGGUUAAACUGAGUGACUUGAUAUAUUAUAUGUAAUUUCCUCUUUUGGUGAAAACAUGUGACAGGUUACUAUGGGUCCGAUGGCGCUUCAGUAUAUUCAAGCUUAACUCUGUCCAUUCAUACCUCUAUCUCCAGUGAUGGAGAAGUGCUUUCAGUAAGUCAUGAAAAACUAAUCAGUGGUAUGAAGGAAGUAAUGUGCAUAUGUAGCAUCUCUAAACAUGUAGCUUGACAGAGUGUGUGUGUUCUGUCUGUGCCAGUGUGUGAGCGUUAUGCAAAGAGUAGAGGGUUUUUCAGAAUCAUCUUGUCUCCCGCCUCAUACUCACCCUCGUCAGCAGACACACACACACACACACACACACACACACACACACACACCUGGCUGCAGAACAUUAGAUCCAGCAGAUGCUUAUGAUUUAUUAGUCUAUCUGUGUCCUAUGACUCAGCACAGGCCUGGGAGAAUGACCAACGGCAUUAACACAAAUAAAACAGUCAGAAUGAGAGGGAAAAAGGCGUUCCAUAAAUGUGAGUAAUAAAGCAAGUACAAACCAAAUGUAAUAACUUUUCAACAGGUGCAGGCGCCCGUCUGGGGUUGACACUGGCAAAGAAGACGAGGGGGUAUAGAGAGAGUUUAUCGUGUGUGGUCUAUUUCCACUUUUUACUUGUUUUAGUUUGAGGGGAGAUAAUAUGGUACGGCAUGAACUCUUUAUCUUAUAGUGGCUCUUGGGGGAAAAUGUGGGUUAGCGAGCAGUAGAGGGAGAGAAAGAAAGAGUAAACCAGAGAGAGAGAGAGAGACCCUUGAGCGGAAACAUACCAUAGAGAAUGGCUGGCCCUCCAUUUCCUCUGUCUUAUAAAUCUUUUGCUGACACUAAUGUUUUUUGUCUCUUGUUCUUUCCUAUUUCUGGGGGAUGUAAAAUUAACUUCCAUCCGGAGGGGUUGGAGAUGGUGGUGGACAGAGAAGGGGGGAGAAGGGAAGGGCAGGAGGUGGGUGAAGGGAUGGGAGGGGCUAGAUUGGUGGUAUGUCUGCAGUAUGUGUCUUGCAUCACUCUCUCCCGGGCACUAAAAUUGAAUUAUAAACUUACACACACCAACUGUCCAACGGCACGUGAACAACAGACAGUUACACAAAGUGUCUGUCAAUCAGUCAUUCUUUCCGAAAGAAAAGAGGAACACGCUCACCUGAAGAUUUAUCCUUCCAUUCUAUAGAACACGAGCAUCAUUAAUGCCAAGGUCAGCUAGUCGCUCGCAGAUCUCGUGCUGGGGUUAAUUGAUAGCAGUGAGGAAAGUAGGCGGGAGAUUGAUGCGCCUGUCAGGCCAGUGUGGGGCCUUUACGAGGCCUGUUGUUAUUUUUUAAUUGUUGUCGCGGCCGUUUGUCGUCUGCUGACACCUCUCCACUGCCAACAGACAGACUGAGAGAGAGAGAGAGAGAAAGGGGAGGAGGAGAGGAUACCAAUCAUUUACAUCAAUAUCUCUGAAAUAAACAAGCCGAGAAGCCAUGCGGUAAAUCAACUGGCAUCGAGAAGGGUAGUGGAACGGGGAGGGAUUAUUUUACUGUUCUUGUUCGCUCAUAUUACAGCUCUAUCAUAAACACACACACACACACUGUCAAACAUUAGUUCAAUGGUGUCUGAUUCCCCUGGACUUGAGCAUUUUAAUCCUGGAUGUUGGCACCACUGUUGGCUUAGUUAUACCGCCCACUGUGGAGAGACUCAGCCAGGGAGAGAUACAAAACAGCACCAACAGAAAGGCACACAGGGAACUAGAAUGACACACGCUGAUCACAACUCUGUGAGAAACAUGUCCAGAGAGAGAAGACUGGAGGAAAGCAAAGCGGGAGAAAAAGAGAGGAAGAGAGAGAGCGAGAACUGAUAUGACCUGCAGGCUUAUAGCAGAAUAAGUGCUGUAGCUUGGCUUGGCCUUACUGAUCUAUUUCACACUCUGUAGGUCCUAAAGCAUCAGCACUCUACUGUAGCACAGCCUCAGCUCUGCUGCUGCAGCCGGACACACAGUGGAGGACGCUUUCCAUUAGAUUCAUUGAAACAAAUACACAAGAAAACGAAAGCCGGAAAAGGCACCAUUUGAGCCCAAACCUUCCUGAACGGCUCCUAUAGCCGCCACACCUGGGACACGCAUUCAUUGGUUGUCUUACUUCAUACGCUCAAUGGAUGUUUCUGUGUGCUGUGUUUUUGUGUGUGAACAACCAGCUGUGCAGUGCUGUCUACCUGCCUGCCCUGCUAUCACAUUCAUAAUCACCUAUCUUUAAUUUAUAGAACUGCUGUACUACGUACUCAUUAAUAUGCCUAUGCCAGAUGUGUACGUUGUUGUUUAUGCAUACGCGCAGUAAUUACCGCAAACAGUGUCAUGUUGUAUUGACUGCAUAUCGGCCAUCAGGAUGACUUGUGUGUGUGUGUGUGUUGGACAUUGCUGUGGAGCAUAUGGAAGACUCAGAGGAUGCUCAAGGGUUACAAGGUUUUCCUGCUGCACCUGUACUUAGCUCUGUCUGUUUGUCACUCUGCGUAACCAUGGCGAUGCUGUAUCUCUGUUCACUGUCGCACCAAAUCCUGCUAAAUGGUGUUGAAUAAUGCUCAGAUGUUCAGCCUUUUCUAUCCCAGCACCUUCGGAGUUGAAGCAGUCAUUUUGAGCCCCCCCCCCCGUGCCUCCUGCAGGUAGUCGGCUGAAUAGGCUGAUGGGUAUUCAGAAGGGGAUGGGACGCACGCUGGGACUGCAAAUGAGACGCACAUUCUUGAGCAAGCAGAACUGUACUGCCUGACUACUCUGCACAGCAACAAUAUGAUGAUGAAACCCUUUCUUCCUUCUUGCUCACUCUCCCGAACGCUGCAACGCCGAGUGGACCGAUCUCCUCUCUCUCGUCAGCCCCCCCCCCCCCACCCCCCCCACCACCACUAUCUUCGGUGUGUUGCUCCGGACAAUGGGCAGUCACAGGAAGGACCGUUCGGGAUCACAGAACUGCUCUGCUGGUGUUCAAGAAUGCAAAACAAAACAUGAUGUCAAAACACUGAUGCCAUGAACAUUCUGUUUAAGCAUGCCUGUGUACCACAGGAGAGGGCCAGCUUCGGCCCACUACCCCCCCUGAACCGGUUCUGUUCCGACCCCUCCAGUACACACCUCGCCCAGUGUUCUCUUGAUCUGGUAGUGUUCUGUGCUUUCCUCCAUCUGCUGUUCAGAGAGACAGCCACCACCCCUGUGUACAUCGGUGAACAUAAUAAAUAUAUGAUCUCACAUUUCCUUA